UGACCUAGAAAACGUAACGACCAGAACAGUGUUUUCCCUAUAGGUUUUUCCUUUUUCCCAAUGUUUUUUUCCCUCUAUGGUUUUUGUUUUUUUGCGCUUUUGCCUAUCCGAGAGUUUUAUAAAUCAGCAGCAGCGAGAGGAACAGGAUUAGGAAAACCGGAAGUGAAAGACAGGAAAACGGCGCUCUGUUGUUUAUAUCUUUCCAGUGUGACUGGUGGGCAGAGAUCGGAUUCAGAGCCAUCAAAUUUGAUAAAUAUACCUUUUAUUUAAAACAUUUGAUUAUUUUCAGUAUGUCAACAGAUCCAAAUAUUAGAUAACACAUUUAUUCCCUUUCCCCAAUGAAACGAGAACAGUAAGUUACAUUUUCUGUUUAGACCUUAUUCAAGGUACUGUAAAUCAACAACACAUUUUAAGUCACGUUAUUAACAUGUCUGAUAUCGGUGUGAUCUGAUCAAAUGGUUCUUUUGUGGAGUGGAAGAACAGAUGUAUUCAGAUUCAGAAUCGUGCCAAGCGAGGAUUAAACAGAGUGUCAGCACCAGGAGUUCUUCAGAGAGAUGGAUGAGGUAUUGGAGAAGUUUCUUGAAGAUCAGAAGACGAAGAUAGCAGAAGAGAAGGCCUGUCUGGAACAGGAGCCCCCUUACAUGGAGAUGAGGAGGCGGACAGGCCGUGUUCUCCAGAAAGAGAACAUCCCUCCAUGCACAUGUCAGCAAGGUACAGAUGGAUUGAGUCUGCCGCUCGGAGAAGAAUAUGAGAGAAAGAAACACAAACUGCAAGAAGAGCUCAGGAAAGAUUACAGGAAAUACAUGGAAGAGAAAGCUCACUGGGACGCUGGUGACAUUCACACAGUUCCAGAGAGAAGAGGAAUACCCAAGACGGUCCGUGUGCGAAAUGUGGCCACCCUUACAGAGGUGUGUGGUCUGGGCUGGGGUGUGUGUAGCUCUGAGGAAGACUGCAGUGAUGAAGAACUCAUACUUUUACAAGGGAGACGACAUCAGAAAGCGAGAGACACCAGGACAGCAAACAGCGAAGAAUUGUACGCAGAGACAGGGCAUCACAUGAGCAAACUACAGCACAGAAACAGAAUGUCGUUAUCCGUUGCGACCCAAGCCAAUGAAAGAUCUGUAUCUGGGGCCAGUCAGGACACAGUUUACACCACUGGAAUCCUAAUAGGUGCAACAGAUCUGGAGGCCAUCCUGAAGAGAAAAAAGGAGCAUUAUAGACGUGAACUACAAGAACAAAUUGCAGAGAAACAGAGUCACAGGAGGGAAAAAGAACUGGACCUGAGAGUUGCGAGAGUAACAGAUGCUGAGAAAAAGCAGCUCUUUGUGAGUGAGGCGUCCACAUACAGAAAACAACCUAGAGAUGACAUCUUCCGCCUGGACACUGCCGAGCCUCCUGAGGGUCUUCUGCAAUACAGGACAGACCCUCUGUCUCCAUCCAGGAUGCCUUUUAUCCCCACUCACUCCUCAUAUAAUUCCAAGACUCCAAAUAAUGAUUCUGAGAGUUUGCUGAGCCCCAGCAGAGCCUAUGGCCCAUUAACUGGAGUUUUUUUUCCAACAUCAUCAGGAGAGCCACACCCUCUCAGUCCUCACAACGAGCACAGCAGAAGCACUCACAGACAGAUGUUUCUGGGUGAGAAUGAAGGUGUGGGUUCAGGUCUUUCAGUGUUUCCUGCACAUCAAGCGCAGAAGAACAGACUCAGCUAUAAAGAGGAGCUCAGACAGCAGAUAGAGGAGCGGGCCGCACAGAGGAGGGUGGACCGAGAGGAGAAGAGAAGACUGGAUGCAGAACUCGAUGCUGAUAUGAGAGCAUAUGAACCCUGGGGAAGGGGCGGAGCUGGUGCACCACUCAAAGACAGCACUGGAAAUCUAAUCACUGAUCUGAAGCAGAUGCACCUUUUGAAUGCAGCUGCAGCACAAAUACCGGAGAGGCCAGGUUUUGUUGAGACACACACUCCACAGUUUGCAAGAGGAAAUGUGUUCAAUCAGAUGCUGUCACCCCAGCAACUACAGGAGCAAGACCAGUACAAAGCAUACCUGAAACUCCAGAUGGAAGAGAAGCAAAGGAAGCAAGCGGAGGAGAGAGAGCGGAUGAGGGCAGAGGAGGAGAGGGAGGACAGACGACUGGCAGAACAGAGAGAGAAAAUCAGGAGAGAGUAUGAAGAGGAGCAGGAGAGCAGGAAAUGCAGAGAGAUGGAGCAAAAACUGAAGAAUGAAGAACUUGCUCGUCUGGCAGAAGAGAGACGGAGGGAUGCAGAGAAAAAGAAAAAAGAAGAAGAAAAAGAGAGAGCAGCUUUUCGAAAACAGGAACAACAAAAGAGACAAAUACGGCUGCAACAACAGGUUCAACGUGCGCCAUCACCUCCUAUCCCUACCUUACAGAACAAACACCGCAACCCUUCAAAUGCAACAGAUUUCUCUCCGUUUCGGGCUCCUACAUCUCCAGAACACAGAAACCAUCAGAGAACAGAGAAAGACAGAAGUGAGGUUGUUAAUGAGCUGAGUGUGUUAAGAAGACGUCUACGCAGUGAACAACAGCGUCUGGAGGAGCAGCUCUUGCGGACAGAGUGGGAUCCUCUCCCCUCCCCCUUCACUGACAGGCCCAGGGUGGAUGUGUUUGACAUGGCACGCAUGCGUAUGCCUGUUAGAGGCCCCUCCUCCCGAGGCACCGAGCCAAUCAGCUCAAAGAAAUCCUAUGACAUCAUGUACAGAGAAACUAACACUUUUUUUUCAUAUUUCUCAGAUGACUUUAUGCCACUUCCUAGAACACAGCAGUCUAGGAACAGAGCAGUUGAGGGGGGACGAGGAUCUGUGCUUCUGUCAGAGAGUGAAUUUAUAGAUCAGAAUGGAGUUGCUUUCCCGCUUCCUCCAGAUGUUGAGAGGAAAUCUCCUAAGCCAUCAGCACGAGAACGACGCAGACUAGCAAACCUUCAGGCUGCAGGAAAGCAGCCGGUGCAGCAGCAGUCUCUCAGUAUGAGGAAACUCAGAGACACAAACACCCUCAGGAUGAAGAGACUACAAGCCUUCGGUCAUCACAACACCACACCAGGAGGCUGCUCUGAUGAUGAGGAUGAUGAAGAUGAAGCUGGUCGUCGUGAUGAACGUUUUACCCUGACGUCUCCUGGCUGGCCCAGUUACAUUGAUCCAGCUACUACAGAGCCCUGGAUUCGAGCGGAGUCGUCAGAUACACUUAGGAGGCUGAUGUCUGGCUCUGAACUCUAAGACGGAUGUAGGACGGACUAUAACAUACACAACUGCAGAUAUAGGACAUUUUAAGUAAUUGGACCUCUUGAGCAAAUAAGACUGAUCAACAGAAUCUUUUUAACUGAAUAACAAAACCCCUUGUGGAAGCUGAUUGGUGGAUUCGUAUCAAGUGAAGACAAAACAGUGUUUUACAGUUUUUACAAAACAGAAGGAAUGUAAAUUCCUUUUAGAAAUGGCAGCUUUUAAAAAUAUUUGUAAUGAACCAAAUCUUAAGGUUUUUUUUUUUUUUUACACAUCAGGAUUCUCCAGAAUAAAUAGCACUUAUUGAAAGCA